AUGGCGCCUUCCAAAGCACGCAGUAAGACGUCACUUCGUGAGAUCACUACCAUCGUUUCCACUGGGCCCAUUGCAAACUCACAACCCGCCAGCUCAACAUUGACGAAGGAGGAGCAGCAGGAGGAGGAGCAGUGCCCAAAGGAACCGAAGAUCCUGCCAUUACCGCCGAUCACGGUGAAUCUAGUCCCGCAACAAGGGUUGGGGUGUGAAGCGGUGGAAGGGCUGCUCGUGCCUAGCCGAAACCGGGAAUACAAGCCUAGUGGCAAGUAUAUUGUGGGAAAUCACCCGAUCUAUGCCAUCGGGUUCAACUUCAUGGACGUGCGCUACUAUGACGUCUUUGCUGCCACCAGCGGCAAUAGUGUGACAGUUUACCGGUGCCUUGAGAAUGGUAGUUUUGGUCUUCUACAAGCUUAUGUUGAUGAGGAUAAGGAUGAGUCAUUCUAUACUCUAAGCUGGACCAAAGAUAAAGUUGAUGGUGGCUCACCAAUGUUGGUGGCUGCAGGAAACAAUCGGAUCAUUCGGGUCAUCAAUUGUGCUACCGAGAAGUUAGCUAAGAGCUUAGUUGGCCAUGGUGGUUCAAUACACGAGAUAAAGACUCAUGCAUCGAAGCCUUCGCUCAUCAUUUCUGCCAGCAAGGAUGAAUCUGUUAGGCUAUGGAAUGUCCAUACAGGGAUCUGCGUCUUGAUCUUUGCAGGAGUUGGAGGCCAUCGCCAUGACGUGUUGAGUGUCGACUUCCACCCUACUGAGAUCGGGCUUUUUGCAAGUUGUGGCAUGGACAACACUGUGAAAAUUUGGUCAAUGAAAGAAUUUUGGGUAUAUGUUGAAAAAUCAUAUUCAUGGACUGACCAUCCGUCAAAGUUUCCAACAAGACAUAUCCAGUUUCCGGUCUUGAGUGCUGCAGUACACUCUGACUUUGUUGAUUGUACAAGAUGGCUUGGUGACUUCAUCCUGUCAAAGAGUGUCGAGAAUGAAAUUUUGCUUUGGGAACCAAAACCAGAUAAGAAUAGGCAUGGGGAGGGAAGCGUUGAUAUUCUUCAGAAGUACCCUGUGCCACAGGGUACAUUAUGGUUUAUGAAAUUUUCAUGUGAUUUUCACUUCAACCAGUUGGCAGUAGGCAACAGUAACGGUGAGAUCUAUGUUUGGGAAGUACAGUCCUGCCCGCCUGUCUUAAUUGAUCGGCUGUCUAAUCAGGAAUGCAAAUCGCCAAUAAGGCAGACUGCGGUGUCCGUCGAUGGGAGCACAAUCCUUGGAGCUGGCGAUGAUGGCACCAUCUGGCGAUGGGACGAAGUGAGUCCUUCCAGCUCCAAAACUGAAGCAAUUCAAGCUGCUGUGGCCGCCGAUGCCAAUGCCUGA